AUGGCGACUAUUGAAGAUCAAUUUCUCUGGCCUCGUCAAGGCAAAACUUGGGUGCGUGGACAAACCCAGAUGGUAGGCUGGGGAGCUGGGCGCGACAUCAACGGAACAUGGGGUGAAGGGAGCUCAAAGGUUAAAAUGGAGUUGAGGUGGUUCACAGGGAAAUAUGGCCCAGGCCCAGACGAUCUUAAACCCAUAGUUAUCUUCGACAACAAGACCUUUGACUACCCUUCCUUCGACUGGAAGUUGUGGAACCCCAACUGCACAGAUACAUACAUGAACUACAUUUGGACGAUACUUGUGGAUUUGGACGUUGGCGACUCGAAAUUCUUACUCACGGUUUACGACGUGACGGAUCGCAAUGAUAUGAGUAGUAUUGAAAGUAAUUUAUUCUUCAUCAACGCGAACAACGGAAUAUCAACAGCAGAUUCAAAUGCUAGUACAGUAACACCAGAAGAUUCACAAGAAACAACAGCCUCGACGGGACUUGCAACUGGUGCAAAAGCAGGCAUUGGCGCAGGCAUUGGUGUCCUUGCGCUGGUACUCCUCCUCGCCGGUUUCUUUCUCUACCGACGUAAGAAGCGACAAACACCAAGCAUUGACCCAACAGAUGGUUUUGAAAAGCCAGAGUUGGAUGCAAAGUCAAACACCAUUGCUGAAGUUGAUGGAAGUGGGAUAUCUCCGCAUCAAGCUCCGGAUAGUGCGAUAUACGAGGCACCCGGCGUUUUGGUCCAUGAGGCUCCAACUGGAGGGGAGAAGACAGUGAUAGAGAAGAGGGAAGCAGCACGUCAAAUUAACCAGGAACCGAUUGAGAUGCCGGCGGAUUCACCCGUGUCGUCGCCAAAGACAUCGCAGGACAGACUAAAUAGGAAAUAAUAUUAAUACAAAUUCGGUAGCGUCGAACCUGAACCCCAGCGUCUCACUUGGUGAACCACCGUUUCUCGAUUGAAGCGACA